CGCGCUUGAGCGUGCCUGGCGCCUGCGCUGGGCGACUCGGCCGGUGGUGGAGAUGUCUGGCCGGUCCAAGCGAGAGUCUCGUGGUUCCACCCGCGGGAAGCGUGAGUCCGAGUCGCGAGGCAGCUCGGGUCGCGUUAAGCGGGAGCGAGAUCGGGAGCGGGAGCCCGAGGCGGCGAGCUCCCGGAGCAGCCCAGUGCGCGUAAAGCGGGAGGUGGAGCCGGCGAGUGUGCGCGCGGCCCCGGCGCCAGUAGUCCCGGCGGUGCGGGUGAAGCGGGAGCGUGAGGCCGAUGAGGACUCGGAGCCUGAGCGGGAGGUGCGAGCAAAGAAUGGCCGUGUGGAUUCUGAGGACCGGAGGAGCCGCCACUGCCCAUACCUGGAUACCAUUAACAGGAGUGUGCUGGACUUUGACUUUGAGAAACUCUGUUCUAUUUCCCUCUCACAUAUCAAUGCAUAUGCCUGUCUGGUGUGUGGCAAGUACUUCCAGGGCCGAGGUUUGAAGUCUCAUGCCUACAUUCAUAGUGUCCAGUUUAGCCAUCAUGUCUUCCUCAACCUCCACACCCUCAAGUUUUACUGCCUUCCAGACAACUAUGAGAUCAUCGAUUCCUCGCUGGAGGAUAUCACGUAUGUGUUGAAGCCCACUUUCACAAAGCAGCAAAUUGGAAACUUGGACAAGCAAGCUAAAUUGUCACGGGCAUAUGAUGGUACUACUUACCUGCCGGGUAUCGUGGGACUGAAUAACAUAAAGGCCAAUGACUAUGCCAACGCUGUCCUUCAGGCUCUGUCUAAUGUUCCUCCUCUCCGGAACUACUUCUUGGAAGAAGACAAUUAUAAGAACAUCAAGCGUCCCCCGGGGGAUAUCAUGUUUUUGUUGGUCCAGCGUUUUGGAGAGCUGAUGAGAAAACUCUGGAACCCUCGUAAUUUCAAGGCACAUGUCUCUCCCCAUGAGAUGCUUCAGGCAGUUGUCCUUUGCAGCAAGAAGACUUUUCAGAUCACCAAACAAGGGGAUGGAGUCGACUUUCUGUCUUGGUUUCUGAAUGCUCUGCACUCAGCUCUGGGGGGCACAAAGAAGAAGAAAAAGACUAUUGUGACUGAUGUUUUCCAGGGGUCCAUGAGGAUCUUCACUAAAAAGCUUCCCCAUCCUGAUCUGCCAGCGGAAGAAAAAGAACAGUUGCUCCAUAAUGAUGAAUAUCAGGAGACGAUGGUGGAGUCCACUUUCAUGUACCUGACGCUGGACCUCCCUACCGCCCCCCUCUACAAGGAUGAGAAGGAGCAGCUCAUUAUCCCCCAGGUGCCGCUCUUCAACAUCCUGGCCAAGUUCAAUGGCAUCACUGAGAAGGAAUAUAAGACAUACAAGGAGAACUUUCUGAAGCGCUUCCAACUCACCAAGCUGCCUCCAUAUCUAAUCUUUUGUAUUAAGAGAUUCACUAAGAAUAACUUCUUCGUGGAGAAGAAUCCAACUAUCGUCAACUUCCCUAUUACUAAUGUGGAUCUGAGGGAAUACUUGUCUGAAGAAGUACAAGCAGUACACAAGAACACCACCUAUGACCUCAUUGCGAACAUCGUACAUGACGGCAAGCCUUCUGAGGGCUCCUACCGGAUCCAUGUGCUUCAUCACGGGACCGGCAAAUGGUAUGAAUUGCAAGACCUUCAGGUGACGGACAUUCUUCCCCAGAUGAUCACACUGUCAGAGGCUUACAUUCAGAUUUGGAAAAGGCGAGAUAACGAUGAAACCAACCAGCAGGGGGCUUGAUGGAGGUGUCUGGGGCUUUGUUCCUGAGGGCUUUGGCUGAAAACAGUAAAUAAGAAUACUGAAGCUGUAGCUGAACAUAGACUGACUGGCAACUUCCCUGGGCCAGCCCUGUUUAAGGCUAUACCAGAGCCUCAGAGGAGCCCACCAGCCUGGGAUGGCUCUGCGCUGUCAACCAGCUGUUCUUUGAUCAAUUUAUUGUUGAUGGAUGCUCCUUUCUCCUUCUUGUCUAGCUUAGCUUACUUCUAGCUUCAAUAGGGAAGAACUCUUACAGAUGUGUGUAAUUUAUUUCUGAGUAGCUAGGAGUACCUGAGGGACAGAUAGUUUCUUCUAAACAUCAAAGCCUUGGAAUUUCAGGAAUAAGCACGAAGCCCAUAGCAUCCUCUGUCUAUUGUAGGUAGAUAAUUUUCCUAUGGUUCCCUUCAUUUCCUUAUGUGAUUUUUGGAAUGGAUUAAAUAUUUUCUUUUUCUUAAACCAGCUGCUUAUUUUAUAUCCUUCCCUUAGGCAGCUGGCUAAGGGAAGAUUUAUUUUCCUUUUUAGUCUUCAUAGACUGACUACUCUGCAGUCUGUCGUCUGUGGACAUCAUGCUUGUCUCUUCCUGUCAGCUUAUGGGUUGUAUGUCAGGGUGCAUUUGUCGCUAAGUAACAAAAUAUCUGACUAAGGGCCAACCCAUGGCUCACUUGGGAGAGUGCAGUGCUGAUAACACCAAGGCCAUGUGUUCGGAUCCUAUAUAGGGAUGGCCGGUUCGCUAACUGGCUGAGCGUAGUACUGACAACACCAAGCCAAGGGUUAAGAUCCCCUUACCGGUCAUCUUUAAAAAAAAAAAAAAAUCUGACUAAAAGUGAUAAAUUCUUAUUGUGCUUAACUAGAAGGCUGGAGGUGGGCAGGUUCAGACUGCAGUGCAGAUCUGUGUAAGGGAAGAGGGAAGAAAGGAAAUAGAGCUUCUCAUUGCAGUGCAAUUCUGAGAAAGUGUCAGCCAGGCCAGUAGGGAGCUCCAGAGCAAUGAUUGCCUGUCAGAAGAAUCGGGCAGAAAUGGCUUCUAGCAAGCUCAGUCAUUGACCCUGAGCAGCCUGGAGGAAGUGUGGCCCCUGGCAUGAGCACUUGUGGCAGCUCCAGAGAUGUGGGAUGUCUGAAGGUACAGCAGCUGGAGGCAGCCAGUCAACCACAGCCAGCAAUCUCUUGAGGAAACAGGAGCUGGGCACUUCUAGGACUGCCAACCAUUACUUCUUGGACACAGCACUGUCCCUAUUUUUCUCUACCUCUUUGGCAGCGCCAGCAUUUCCUUUUUAGUCUUAUCUAUGCUGUCCACCAAUUAAAAGUUGGGAUUCCUUAAGAUUCAGUCCUAGGCCCUCCUUUCUCACUAUUUACUUUUUCCCUAGGCCAUUUCAGUUAUGCUUGUGGCUUCACUUACUGCUUUUAGGGGAAUGAUUCAUAAACAAAUCUUAAUUGUGACUUCUCUUAAUUUUUGACCUUUUGAGCCAACUGCCUACUUGAGUGUCUUAAAGUCAACCCAAACUCAGCAUUGUUCAAAAUUGAGUUUGUUAGUUUUCCUCUCAAACUUGUCCCUUUUCCAGUAUCUUCUAGGUGAAAGAUUACGCCAUCCAUCCAGUUACGUAAGACAGAAAUUUAUCCAGGAGUCAUCAUUUAUCAUCUUUUAUCCUGCCCCUCCCAUUUCCCUUGUCUACUCUCUUACCAAGUCCUAUCAGUUUUACUUUGUGUCUCUUGAACAACCUAUCCACUUCUUGUUUUCUGCCAUCAUCUAGUCUAAACUUGUGCUGGCUUAGGCCAGGUCCAAUCAGUCUGGGCCCAAUCAGGAGACAGAAACCACAUAAUAAUUUGAUCAAGAAAAGUUUAAUUUCAAUAAUUAUUAAUUAUAGCAGAGGUUUGGAGUAAUGAGGAAUUGGCUAGUAAUAAGUAAAGAGAACUCUAAAGAAUGUGGGAAUAACAUACAAGGAGCAGCCAUUACCUCCAGGGCUGAUGUAGAGUAUCCAAGACCAAGUUCCAGACUAUACUGAAAAUCUGCCCUCUGGAACUCAUUAAAAAUCUGCUUUGUAGUGCAUUGGGGAAAACCAUUCAUGGGAGGUGUCUCACUGAAGGUACUCUGCUACAAAACUGUCUGGGGAGGAGAGAGUGCCAAGUGAAGCUUCUGGAUGCCAGAUGUUGCUGGCUGAUGUGUACUGCAGGAGCCUGGAGCUGGAGAAAGCUGCACAUGCUAUUUUCAAGUGAGCAUAACGGAACCAGGAAGCAAAGCCCUUUCUUCUUGCAGUGUCUCUUUAGUGCCCACUUCUGAUAAAACCUCAGUGCCAACUGGCAAGGGAAAAUCUAAAGGGCCCAGAUCCGUUUUCAGAGAAAAGGCAAAAAGGAUGAAUUUGGAGCUGAGAGGCAGUAAAUUGAUAACUGGCACAGUCCACCCCUUUGACAACUCAGCUUCCAUGUAUACUCUUCUACAUAAAUUUUAAAUCCUAUGAAAGGACAACAAAGAAAACAAUUCUUUAUUUCUGCCUAACAAAAUCAGCCACCCUUCUUACAAGUGAACAGGUUUUUCUAUCCUUUCCCAAAAUGAGAUACAGUUGCUACAGUCAUUGACUACUCAAAUCCAGUCACUGUCCUACUGAAUAUUGUUACCUAAACACUAACUUGUAAAGUUAACUUCUAACAGCCUGUAUAUAAAAUAAAAAUGGGAAGUAGAGAGAAAACAGUUAGCAUAUACAAAUCAUCAUGUAUGUAGAAAAUAAGCAAAGCUACUACAGUCUUCAUUUCUGUAGUUGGUCACAAGGCUGUAACUGGUAUCUCUGCUUUCUUUGCUUCUUCCACUACCCAUUCCUAUUUCUUCUACCCUCAAUCUGAACCUUAGCUAGUCAGGAUUCUUUACCUGGUAGAGUGACCUGAACCUUCAGUCCCUAAGGACCCCUAAGUCAUCCUGCCCCCCCCUCUUUUUUGGAUGAUGUCGUUUUCCAUUAACCUUUACUGUUAGACAUCGUCCAUUUUGCCUCCAUUGUGUAGAAGGAACUCAGUUUCUUCUUUGUAAUUGGGAUCAAACACUCUGACAAGUAGAUUACCCGCCCCCCGUCCUCAACCAUUUCCUUGGGCUUGUUGGUUCAGCAGCAUAAGGAGCCCAAAAUGUCCAGGUGUCUCAUCUUCUAAUUUAGUGGAACCAUUCUUGUGUCCUCUGGUAGAAGCAAUUCUCUUCUGAAGAGAGGAGACUAAGGUGAGUCUCCAAACCAAUGGACCUCAAAGUUGCUGGGACAGGAAGCAAGAAUUCUGCAAGAAGAUUAUAAUGUGUAGUAGAAGAGUCAAUCUGACAGGUAUCCAUUUUCUAGACCGAUGUAUUUGGCUAUGGGAAAGAUAGCACCAUAGAAUGGUCUCUAAUUCAAAGCAUAUACUGCAUCUUGUAAAACAAAAUACCAACUGGUGCUGUAACUGAGCUUUCAGUAAGCCAUUCUACCUUUCGGUUAGCCUGGCUGCUUCCAGAUGGUGGAGUAUAUGCUAAGACGAGUGAAUUUUAUGGGUAUAAGCCCAUUGCUGUACUUAGUUGCUUUGAAAAGAGUUUCUUGAUCAAAGGCAAUGCAGUGUUGAAUACCAUAAUAGCCGAUAAGACAUUCUGUGAAUCCAUGGAUGAAGGUGCUGGCAGGGAAGGCAAAUCCAUAUCAAGAGUGUUCCUGUUCCUCCGAGGAUGAAUCUCUGCCUCCUCCAUGAUGGAAUAAUGGAAUAAUCACCCAGCCAUCUGGUACCAGGCUGAUCCCCAGGAGAAAUGGUGCCAUAUCAGGAACUCAAUGUUAAUUUCUGCUGUUGGUAAAUCAGGCACUCAGCAGAAGUACUACUCAGAUUACGGGAAGGGAAGUCUGUGUUGUUGAACCCAUGCUGUCCAUCUCUGCCACAGUGGCUCAUGGGCUCAUUGAGCAAGCACUGGGAGUGACUGGAGAAAGAGGCUGCUGACUGACAUACACAGAUCAUGUCAGUUGUGUACACCUGAUUGUUGAGUUCCUCUGCAGUGGAUGCCUUUUGGUGGGCAUUCAUAUGGGACACAUUUUCAUGGUGUACACUCACUUAAGGGGGUGGAUCCAUGUACGUCUUCCCCAGACUUCUUUUCACCAGUCUUACAAUCCUGUUCCUUUUUUUUUUGUGGCUGGUUGGUACGGGGAACAGAACCCUUGACCUUGAUGUUAUAAGGCCAUGAGAUAACUGGGAGGACACUACUAUCCUUUGGUGUCACCCUUGAGUGGGGAUGAAGUUCUGCACCUGUCCACUUGUGAGUUGUACCAGCACGUUGUACAAGCCCGUCUAUAUGCCAGGCUUGAGUUUUGUCUUCCUUGGUCAGCUGGUCUUAAGGAACACCCAGGAGGCAAUAGGCAUGGGCUGAGGGAGAGGAGGCAAUGCAGUGAGAGUUGAUGUCAAAGGAAUCAAAGCCAUCAGCUCAUGUAACCUACUGGGACCUUUUGGACCUGCCGGAGCUUGGUUUCAUAUAUUAGUUCCAUUUAAUGAUAGAUUGCAGCUGCAUACACCCCGUAGGUGAGUCAGACAACAGCCAGUUCAUGAGCGGAGGCUCAGGAUGCACCAUCCGCUGAUGUACCAUGGUUAGCUGCUCAGUCUCUACUGCAACCCAAAAGCAAGCCAGUAGCUGUUUCUCAAAAGAGAAUAGAGAGCUGCAGAAGAGGGCAUAGACUUGCUCCAAAAUCCUGGACUUCGGCCCUGUGCUUAUCCUUGGGGCUUGCCAGAGGUUCCAUACAGCUUUUCUAUUUGCCUUGGACACUUCAAAAUAGCAUUUUACAAUCCAGAAUCUUCUUUUGUUCUGGUUCCUCCACUGAAACGAGUGGCUGUAGGUCAAAGUAACACACUCAAAUGUGGUAUAUAUUGUCUCCAAAAGCCAAAACCUACCAAACGUUGUGCUUUUUUAAAAAUGUGUGUGGCAGAUGGUAUGAGGUGUGGCAACUUGUCUGUUUCCUCGGAGAGGAUAGUUUGACAUGCUUUAUACCACUGAUCCCCAGAAACUUCAUUAGGCGGCAGCCUCUUAAUUGUUUGGGGGUUUAAUUCCAACUUUUUGUUUGCUUAUGUCUUACUAAGGCAUCGAAAGCACUUGGUACUUCCUGCUCAUCAGAUCCAAUCAGCAUAGUAUCAUCAGUGUAGUGGACGAGUGUGAUAUUUUAUUGAAGGUCAAGACAAUUAAGAUCUCUGUGGACUAUACUCAUGUUAUAUGGUAGAGAGCUGAGAAACUGACAUAGUUCUAAAGCAGCACCGAAACAACAAUGUUGGCUCUGCCGGAUAGAAAGCACACUACUUCUGAUCCUUAUAAAUUGGUAUGGAGAAAUACCAAUUUGAUACCAACUUGAUAGGUGCAUACCAAGUGCCAGGGGCUGAUUGUAUUAGUAAAAAUGCUGUCAUCUGGGACAGCAGCUUCAAUUGGAGUCACCAUCUGAUCAUGAUAGUCCAGUUAUUCUCCAAGAUUCACCUGACUUCUGCAUAGCCCUCUGUUACUAUCAUUCUAGUUUAAGCUAUUGCCAGUUUCUGUUUGCAUUGGUCUCUCAACAUGUCUCUCCACAUUUUCUUGCCUCCUAUCACCAGUUCAUCACCAUUUUAGCUGGAAAGAAUCUUUUGAAACACAAAUCUAACCAAGUCAUUUCUCCCCCACACUCUGAUCUCCUGCUUAAAGACACUUCAUUGGCUCUUAGGUUAAAGACUAAAAUCCUUAGCUGCUAGCCUCAUUUCUCAGGAAGUUUCUGCUUGUUCUUGAUCCCAGGCUCACUGAUCUUUAUUCUGUUGCUCAGAUGUGCCAGAUGACACAAGGCCUUUGUGCCAUCUGUGUCCUCUGUGAGGGAUGCUCCUUUCCCUUUUAACUCUUGCUCUUCUGUCUCCUCUGUGACCUCUCAUACCCACUAAUACAAUGUAUAUCUCUAAUUCAUAGCCCUUAUUACACCUGAAGAAUUCCUUUUUUUCUCUGUGAUCCUUUGAUUAAUGCUUGUUUUCUUAACCAGACUCUUAAGUUCCAAACGACAUACAAGAAUUGUGUCUUUUGUACCCAGCCACAGGGAAAUGCUUGGCACUUAGGAGUCAAUCACCUGUGCUGAGCAAAUGCUUUAGUACUAAGUAUGUAUGCUCUGUGUUGUCCUUUUGCACACGAUUUUGUUUUUUUUUUACUCUUCAAGAUGGUGAUAAUAGAUACUGUCACCUAAAAGCUGAAGAUCAGAGAAGACCACUUCUCAGUGCUGACUGUCAUAUCCUGAGUGCAAUAGCUUAAGAUCCUUUGUGGGGGACAUGUGACUUGCUUUCACCACUGCUGUCUGACCCACGGGCUUGCCCUCCAUGUUUUCACAUCCAUAAUCCAAGCAUGCACUUCUCUUUUGGAGACUUUGAGCUCUGGCCAGAAUCUGAACCACAGAUGAAGUGGCAAAAUUCAUGCUUUCUUAAGAUGACCCCAAAGCCAGAAGUUACAAAGGAAAAGAUAGAUAUAUGGAAAACAGACCCUAAAUUUAAGACAGAGAAAAAUUUGCAGCAGAUAGGACCAUAAAUAAGUAUACCUAAUAUAUUUUUACUGCUAAAACAAUAAGAAAAAGAACACCCCGAUGAAAAAUUGGGCAAGAAACCUAAAUAGGCAUUUCACUAAAGAUGAUGUAUAAAUGUCCAAUAAACAUGUAAAAAGAUGUUUAUUCGAUAACCAAAGAAAUACAAAUUAGAACAACCGUGAGAGGUCAUUUUUUCAUAGUUUGUAUUAGCAAAGAUUUGAAAGAUUGCUAAUGCCCAAGGUUGGUGAAAAUGGAAAAUGGUCACAUGUUGGUGUGGCAUGUACUGAGGGCCAGUGUGUAAUGCAGCCUAUAUUAAAAGUAAAAAUUCCUAAGCCCUGUAAAUAAAUAAAGGCACUUCUUUGGAAAGUUAAAAAGAUUCUAAGGAAAUAAUGAUACUAGGAAAGAUGUAAGUGUAAAGAUUUUUAUUCUUCACAACAUUGUUAAUAGUUUAAAAAAGAGGGCCAGCCCAUGGCUCACUUGAGAGAGUGUGGUGCUGAUAACACCAAGGCCACGGGUUCGGAUCCCUAUAUAGGGAUGGCUGGUUGGCUCACUUGGGAGAGCAUGGUGCUGACAACACCAAGUCAAGGGUUAAGAUCCCCUUACUGCUCAUCACUAAAAAAAAAAAAAAAAAAAAGUUUAAAAAAGGAAAGAGUUUGCUAACAAGAAAAAAAAAAUGAUGAUUAGCAAUGAUGGUAGAUGCCUGUAUUUAUCGACCUGGAAAGGUUAUUGUUAAAUGAACAAUCAGGCUACAAAGCAGCAUGUGUGGGAUGUUCCCAUUUUUGCAAAGCUGCUGUAUCUAUUUUUGUAUAUGUGCACAGAAAGGUUUGGUAUGAUAGCUAAUAAAGUAUUAAUAGUGA